AUGGCGAACAGCAGCAGCAGGAUCAGGAUGCCGGACAGCUUGCGCGUGAACCAGCCCACGUUGUCGAAGAAAACGUGGAUGGGGAGCUUGCAGCAGCGCACGCUGGAGCUGGCGUUCCCGGAGGAGAGGGUGGGCGGACAGCACUGCUGGCCGUCGACGCACUGGAGCUCCCCGCAGCUGCGGAGGGCUUGGCAAGCCGAGAUCAGGCACGCAGACAAGAAGGUGCCGGUUGUCCUGCCGCCGCCCAGCAGACGGGGCUUCAUGUCUGGAUCGCAACCCCCCCCCCCACCCACACCCCACCCCAACCUUCCACCCGGAUGCGGAGCAGCCCGAUGCGCGCCGUUGAGGUGUGCCGUGCCGUGCGCACGGGUGUUCGUCCGCCCAGGUGUGAAGAAGCGCUGCCUGUCUCUCCAACCGUGCCCUGAUCGUGUGCCGUCACGAGGGCUGCGCGGAGCGGAUCGGGACGGCAGGUGCUCCCCCUCUGGAGGACGAAUCCGCCUGCUGGACCGUGGGCGAUGGGAGUGGAGCCGCAACGAUCCUAUAAUUCAAGAGCACCUUUAUGAAGCCUAUCACAUCUUUGACAAAGGCCGUGCAGAGGGCGGGAUGCUUCCCUCCACCCAUCCCUGCGCCGUCACCUACUGCGCUGCGCAGCUCCGCAGACCCACAGCGCUGCGUAAAACUGCGCAGUAG